GUCGUUGCUAUCAUCUCCAUUUUGUUCAUCGUACUCUCCACGAUAGCCCUGACUCUCAACACAAUCCCAGCCCUCCAGGAUCGAGCGGAUCCCUCAAACAACCAGGACAAUCCAGAACUGGCUGUUGUAGAAGCAGUGUGCAUUGGCUGGUUCACGUUGGAGUACCUGGCCAGAUUUUGGGCAUCUCCCAAUAAGUGGAAAUUCUUUAAAGGUCCACUGAACGUCAUAGAUCUUCUGGCUAUCAUGCCGUAUUUUAUUUCUCUAGGUCUAACUGAGACCAAUAAAAGCACCACAGAACAAUUUCAGAAUGUUAGAAGGGUAGUGCAGAUUUUUAGAAUUAUGCGAAUUUUACGUAUUCUAAAACUAGCUCGUCAUUCUACGGGACUCCAGUCUUUAGGGUAUACAUUGCAACGAUCGUAUAAAGAGCUAGGAAUGCUGCUAAUGUUUUUGGCUAUCUUCAUACUUCUGUUUUCGUCUCUGGCAUACUUCGCUGAGAAGGAUGAACCGGAGACGAAAUACAAAAGUAUUCCUGAGACAUUUUGGUGGGCUGCAAUUACAAUGACCACGGUCGGUUACGGAGACAUCUACCCAAAGACUGUGCUGGGAAAAGUUGUGGGUAGCGUUUGUUGCAUCUGCGGUGUGUUAGUCAUUGCUCUCCCUAUUCCCAUUAUCGUAAACAAUUUCGCUGAGUUCUACAAAGAUCAGAUGAGGCGGGAGAAAGCUUUCAAGCGGCGAGAGGCUCUUGAGAAGGCUAAGAGAACUGGCAGCAUUGUCUCUUUUCAUUCGAUCAACUUGCGAGACGCCUUCGCCAGGAGCGUGGACCUCAUGGAGGUUCACACGACCCCAUCCCACAAGGGAAACGUUGAAAGCAACGGCGGUGAUUCCUGCAGCUUGGACAGUAAGAGAAGCCACGGCGUUCCUGUGUAUAGCAGUAGCGCUGUGACGCAGGACAACAGAAUGCAAGGUGAAGCUUUGCUUUAUCACAACAACGAAAUGCUACUGUCUCCUGGCAUGGAGCCGGGAAGUCGGGACGACCUGACCACCAACCUCAGCACCAACAACCUCCUAGAUGCCGACGAGGAAUCGCUCAGACGAAUGACGUCAUCACAACCUGUGCUCAACACCCAGUCUCAGGGACAUAUUGAAGGCGGCGGAAUCGGGAGAGUGAGCACUGACAGGAGUGGUAUAGAGCUGCAGCAGCUUCCUCGUCAGAUCAGCACGGCCAGCAGCAAUGACACGUUCAGCAGCUGCAUGACCCAUCCUCAUGGCAGCCCCCGGGGGUCUGGUAACCACAGUAACGGCGAGCGAUACCGACAAAACAUCUACGUUAAUCCACUAGAUGAUGCUUCCAGCAUCGAACCGGAAGUAAUUCAAUCCCCAGGAGGGACUUGUUACGAUACGGUCUUUAAGGAAUCCCAUCCCGAUCCCCCACCUCAUCUACCACAACUACAUCAUUUAUUUCAUCACCACCACCACCAACAGCAGCAAAAACGGGCCCCAUUUCUCAGUUAUCCCCACCUGCAAAAACACAACAACGGGUUCAACAGUAAUCAAGAAACGUGGUUUAACGGCAAUGGCCUGGACAGCCCUAACAUGGACAGCCCAUACUCCACCAACGGUUCUGGAAGCCAGAUUGUCCAAAAACUGGAUUAUGGAUUAACGACAACAUGGGAACGCGGUCAACCUUCAACAUUUCCAGCAUCUCGUUUUAAUUUCCACACAGUGGCGUCAUCACCUGGUGAUAUAGCCGCGCUCAAUCCAGGUGCUCAAUCCACCAGCCCCGACUACUCGUCAUCAGACUCCGCUAGCCUUCUGCCCCCAGACAUAGACAAGCCGCUGUCCAAAAAAGCUUCUUUCAAAAGAUACAAAUCUCUUUCUGUAGAGAAGCACCCAAGAGUAUCCAGCAUCAAAGAUCGGAGUUAUUCUUCCACUGAUAGUCUCCACAUCAACUCCACCAGCCGACCACGCCUUAAGUUCCGGAAAGCGGCGUCUCUAGCAAGUCGCCUCCACUCGAGUCCUUCCACAGGCCGGAAACUGGCCAACUAUCACCUCAUCUCAAACUCCAAACCAG